AUGUUCAUAUUAAAAUUACGACGAUUUUUCUGUGAAUUGAAUCUUUUUCGAAAUCCUUAUGUUAUUAAUAAUCGUCAUCAAAUCAAAAAUCAAUACAUCUCAACACGUAUUUUUAUUUUAACAUUUCCAAUUAUUCUUUUAAGUGUUAUCUUAUAUUUAUCAUUAAGUUCUAUUACUAUGACAACAUCAAUUGAAGGUAUAAAUGAUGAAUUAUUUCGAAAACUUCAUUAUCAAUAUAAUGAUACUUUAAAAUGUCCAUGUUCAAAUUUAUCAAUUCCAUAUCAAUCAUUUGUUUCAAUAACAACUACUUUUCAUCCAAUUUGUUCUGUUGAUUUUGAUCCUUUAAUUAACGCUUUAUUCAAAUAUACAGAAUCUCUAUCAAAUCAUCAUGAUUUUCGUUUCACAGCUGCAUUGCAAUUUCGUCUUCUAAUUCAUUUAUGUUUUUCCGCCAAAGAAAUUCUAAGAACGCGUUUAAUUGAUUUCAAUAAUACCUUAUUUGUGGAUAUUUUCUUGCUUGAUGAAACAAACUUUCAUAGUCGAGUGAAACAGCUAAUUGAUGGAUUCUUUCAAAUAAUCAUCAAUGAUUUUAUUAGUUCAUUACAAAUAAUUCGUGUAAAUACUUUUAUUAAUCAGUUCAUAUCGGGUAUUCAUUCAAAUUAUAAAAUCAUCGGUGAAAGACGAGUUUGCCGAAAGAAAUUUCGUUCAGCAGUAUACAGUUGUCAUUGGGAAUUCACCACUCAUUCUGAAAAAUAUGCUCGAACUUGCGAUUGUUCCUCAUCAUUUUCAUGUUUUUCACCUGCUAUAAUCUAUGAUAAUAAUAAAACAUUUAUUGUCAAUGGUUUUCAAAUUGGUUGUUAUGUUGUUGAAUCUCUUUUAUCAUCUUCAUUAGAAUGUUUUUAUAAUAUGUCGUGUCUAAAUCAAUUACUUUAUUAUAUUGAAUUGAAUACAAGUAUUAUUUUACAACCUUCGAAGAAAUUUCAUGCGACAGAUUCGAUUGAACUACUCAUCAAUGAAUUAUUUGUAGACGAUUGGUAUCAUUCAGUUGAUUAUAAAGCUUAUUUUACUGCUUGUCAAGUUAGAAAAUGUACUUAUUCAUAUGAAGAUCGUCGAUCAAUAUUACUUAUUGCUACAACGAUAGUGAGUGUCAUCGGUGGAUUGACAACAACACUUUUUUGCAUUAUUCCUAUUAUUAUAAAAUUUAUUCGAAAGCAAAAAACUGUUCGAAUUCGAACAGUCAAUCAUCAAAACACAAUCCAUCGGUUACCUCGUCUUUUUAAUCGACAAAAAUUAAUAAAACGAAUUCGUCUAAUCAAUUUAUUUAAAUCAGUGCAUUCUCGAACAGAAUUUGAUAUUCAGAAUGAAUUUUUAUCAACUCGUAUUUAUAUAAUAUUACUUUUGAUAAUAUUAUGUAUUUCAAUUGAAUAUCAUAUUACAUCAAUGAGUAUUAAAACAUUAACAAUACAAACUCCUUCGUUUAAUCUUAUCAGUAAUAUAAAUGAAUCGUCAUUGAAAUGUUCUUGUUCAAUGAUAACGAUUUCAUUCAAAACAUUUAUUAGAAUACAACCUAGAUUUCAUCCAAUAUGUUCUAGUGACUUUGUUAAUCAAACAUUAUUGAAUACAAUUAAUACAACAAAUAAUUAUGAAGCUGAAAUAUUACAAAAGCGCUUUUAUAUUCUUUCACUUUUUUGUCAAUUAUCAAAACAAACAUUAGAAUUUGCACUUGAUCAAUUGGAUAAUACUCACUUUUUAAGUCCAGAAUUAAUCUUUGAAAAUCAAUUUCAAACUAAAAUAAAUGAGAUUAUUAAUCAAACAAUUGCAGUUGCAUGUUCAACAUUUAAUACUUUCAUUAAUCUUAUGAUUGAUACAAAUACUAUUAAUAAUCUUUUAUCUAAUGAUGCUAUAUUUCAACCAUCAGGUGCUUGGAGUGUAAUAGAUUUAAAUAAACCUGUUCUUUUCUUUAACAAAAUUGAUCAUACAUUUGAUAACAGGAAAUGUAUAUUCUCGAAUCAAUUAGGAAAUAUUACUUUUGAUCAAUUCUAUACAAAUUGUAAUGUUUUACAAGCAUUAAUGAGUUCAUCUCUUCUUUCUUUCUAUAAUAUUAUUCAUGUUAAGUUAUUUCACAAUUAUAUUCAAAAUAUUUUAUAUCGUCCAUUGGAAAUUCCGACGAAUUAUUUAAAAAAUGCAACCAUUGCGUACAUUUUGAACACAUUAAUGGUCGAUACUUAUACGAAAAGUAUAUCAUAUGAAAAUUAUUUUAAGAAAUGUAAAACACAAACAUGUACAUAUAAAAAAGAAUCACAAGAAAGUUUUAUAGAUAUUAUUCUUACAAUGAUUGGUUUUAUAGGAGGAAUUAUGGGAAUACUUCAUGUUUUUAUCAAGAUUGUUGUUCAAUUUCUACGGAAUAUAAUAAGAAAAACUAAUCGAAACAUUUCUCAAAGAAGAAAUUUUUGGAAUUUUAUUAAUUCUCAAUAUAAGAAAAUAUAUUCGAUCAAUACUUUUGGUCAUUUCAAUGAUUUAAAACGAAACCAAAUAAUAUCAACACGAAUUUUUCUUAUUCUAUUUCUUAUUAUUCUUAUUAUAUUGACAUUUUACACAUCUCUAACAUUUACUGAACGUUUCGUGGAAAUUAAUCAACCAUCUUAUAAUAAAUUUCUUUCUCUUAAUAAACAAUAUUCUUCAUCAAAUCUCAUAUGUUCAUGUUCAAAUAUUUACAUUCCUUAUCGAACAUUUCUAUCAUUUUCACCGAAAUUUCAUCAGAUAUGUUCAAGUGUGUUUAGUCAAACUAGAUUUUUAGACUUAUUGGUACAUCAGACAAUUUUACUUGUCCGUUUCUAUGAUUAUCGACAAUUCAGUUGGGAAAUAUUUACUGCAAUUCGAGUUUUUUGUGAUUUAUCUCGGAAAACAGUUGAAGAACAAGUGAAUAUAUUUUUAUCGGCAACAUUAAUUUCAAAUCAAGUUUUAAGUGAAGAACAACUUCAAGCACAUAUUGAACCUCUUAUUCAAGCUAUGAUACAAGUUAGUCAACAAAAAAUCAAUAUUUUGAUCAAACUUAUUCGGGAUGUGACAUAUGCAAAUCAAAUCGUGUCAAAUUCCUUUACUAAUCUCAAUGUGGAAGAUUUAGACUUGGCAAAUGAAACAGGAUCAAAUCGAACAAUAGGUUUAACUAAUAAACGCUAUGGAAAUUGUAACUGUUUAACUUCUUCAUCAUGUAUUAUACCAGCGAUUACUCAAGAUAAUUUAAAUCCAAGAUUUUCAUUUGAUGGUUUCUUUAUUGGAUGUUAUAUUCUUGACAGUGUUCUUCUUUCAUCAAUGAAAUGUCUUUAUUCACAAAAAUGUAUUGAUCGUGCCGUCGUAUCUGCUAUGAAUGUACCAUUAUAUGCAACUGAUGUUUUCCCUUCUGCUUUGAAUCCGAAUGAAAAUAGUUCCUACACGGUAAAUACUACAUUUUCCGAUUUAUUCGCGAAGUUAAUGUUAGAAACAUGGAAUCAAAAACUUUCACAUUCAUUUUAUUAUCAAUCAUGUAAUGUUUCAUCAUGUACUUAUACAUUUAUUGUUAGAAGAGAAUUUACAUAUAUUACAACAAUAUUAUUUGGUAUUAUAGGUGGUUUAAAUAAAGUUUUGCGAGUUAUUGUACCUCGCUUUGUUUCAUUUACAAUGAAAAUCCUUUAUCGAAACAAAGUUACACCGACUGCUUAUUAG